AUUUAUUUUAAUUUUGGUGUUAUUUGCUGAGUGUGCUUUUGGACUCUUGCAUGAUCCAAAAGGUGCUCUGCUCUCUGUGUCUAUGGCUUUUUAUCUUCUUCUGUGUUGGCCAAACAGUCGUUGAUGAUUGAAGUCCUUGAAGCGAAGAAGACAACGAAGAUUCUGAGAGAUAUUCAACCCCGACGACUCUUCUUUUUUUUUUUUUUCUUCCGUCGGAGAUUUUUCUGCUGUGAAUUCGCCGGAGACUUUGGAGGAGCUGCAAGCUCUCGUUUUCCAAUUACGUGGAUAGCAGAGAUUGAUUUUCUCGCCGUAGAUCUCGAGUUUUGUUCAAAGUAAGACGUAGAGAUUGAGGCUUGAGGGCUCGGUGGAUUGGAAUUUCGAACAGAGCAGAGUGUUUGUUCAGUUUUUGAGUCUCAGUUUUUUUUUUCCUUUUUUUUUGUGAUAAAAAAGUUGGUGGCUUUGGAGUGGUUCAGUAAAGGGUUUGGAGAUUGUGAAUUCAGUCUUCUGUUAAAGUUGGGUGGGAGACGAAGCAGCUUGGAAUUCUGUGUAUUUCUUAGGGUUGGCGUGGCAGGGCAAUUGACCCUCUGAAUUGGGAAAACAAAACAUGGAUUUGAACUUUCAAGUUCAAGUUUGGUUGUUGGGAAAAUUAGAUACUGCUGGGGGGUUGUGAAGAUUUUCUAGUGAAAACGUGGCGAGGAGCUUUCUUUUUCGGCUCUGCUUCUGAUUCAUGUAUGCUUUUAUAAGGUAAGAAAUUUAUGAAAUGCACUUCAUUAAUUGGAUUGGUUGUUUUUUGUUUUUUUCUAGGGUUUGAUUGAAUUCUGUGAGUAAUUUGCCUAAUUUGGGUUGGUUGAUGUGGUUUGCAGCAUUUACUGAGAGGCAAGAAGAAGAGGGAUUUUUGCAAUUUUUUUUUCUUCUUCUUUUAAAGAGAAUUGAUAUGAUUACGUUUAUGGAUUCAAAAGAGAAAUUGAAGGAGGGGGAGAAGUGCUUAGAUCCUCAGCUAUGGCAUGCCUGUGCUGGAGGCAUGGUUCAAAUGCCUCCAGUGAAUGCCAAGGUCUUCUACUUCCCUCAGGGCCAUGCUGAGCAUGCCUGUGGACCUGUUGAUUUCAGGAACUUCCCGAGGGUUCCUCCAUACAUCUUCUGCAGGGUCUCUGCUAUUAAGUUCAUGGCUGAUCCUGAGACUGAUGAGGUUUAUGCAAAAAUUAGGUUGGUUCCUUUGAGUGCUAGUGAGGCUGGUUAUGAGGAUGAUGGAAUUGGAGGGCUUAAUGGGUCUGAAACGCCGGAUAAACCCGCCUCAUUUGCGAAAACGCUGACGCAAUCCGAUGCAAACAAUGGCGGCGGCUUCUCUGUCCCGAGAUAUUGUGCAGAAACCAUCUUCCCGCGAUUGGAUUACUCCGCAGAUCCCCCUGUUCAGACAAUCCUGGCUAAGGAUGUUCAUGGUGAAACUUGGAAGUUUAGGCACAUUUACAGGGGGACCCCUAGGAGGCAUCUGUUGACCACAGGGUGGAGUACUUUUGUGAACCAUAAGAAGCUUGUUGCAGGGGAUUCAAUUGUGUUUUUGAGGGCAGAGAAUGGUGAUCUUUGUGUCGGAAUUCGUCGAGCAAAGAGGGGAAUUGGAGGUGGACCUGAGUCAUCUUCAGGGUGGAAUCCAACGGGUGGGAAUUGUACCAUGCCAUAUGGUGGAUACUCUGCGUUUUUGAGGGAGGAUGAGAACAAGCUAAUGAGAAAUGGCAAUGGGAAUGGCUCGAAUUCGAAUGGAAGUCUAAUGGGUAAGGGGAAAGUCGGGCCUGAAUCGGUUUUUGAAGCCGCAACACUUGCUUCAAAUGGACAGCCCUUUGAGGUUGUUUACUACCCUCGAGCAAGUACCCCCGAGUUCUGUGUGAAAGCCUCAUUGGUAAAAGCAGCAUUGCAGAUCCGGUGGUGUCCCGGAAUGAGAUUCAAGAUGGCUUUUGAAACUGAGGAUUCUUCCCGGAUAAGUUGGUUCAUGGGAACUAUAUCCUCUGUUCAGGUUGCUGAGCCUUUGCGCUGGCCAGAGUCACCUUGGAGGCUUCUCCAGGUUACCUGGGAUGAACCUGAUUUACUUCAAAAUGUGAAGCGCGUUAGCCCAUGGUUGGUAGAAUUGGUAUCAAAUAUGCCCGCCAUCCAUCUGACACCCUUCUCACCACCAAGGAAGAAGAUGAGACUGCCUCAACACCCUGACUUCCCAUUUGAAGGCCAACUUCCUAUGCCGACAUUCUCCGGCAACCUCCUUGGACCCAGCAGCCCUUUUGGUUGUCUGCCCGACAAAACUCCUGCUGGCAUGCAGGGAGCCAGGCAUGGUCAUUAUGGUCUAUCCUUAUCAGAUAUGCACCUCAAUAAACUGCAGACAGGUCUAUUUCCGGCUGGUUUCACGCCUCUUGAUCAUGCUGCUACAGCAACUAAAUUCUCCAAUAACACAAUGACUCAAAAACCUACCAUGAGCGAGAAUGUUUCUUGUUUGUUGACGAUGGCACAUUCUACCCAGACUUCAAAGAAACCUGAUGAUGUAAAGCCACCGCAGCUCGUACUCUUUGGUCAACCAAUACUUACUGAGCAGCAGAUUUCUCUGAGCUGCUCUGGUGAUACAGUCUCACCAGUUCUUACUGGAAAUAGUUCAUCGGAUGGGAAUGCAGAGAAAACCGCUAAUCUUUCUGAUAAUUCUGGAUCUGCACUUCACCAACAAAGCCUACAAGAGCGCUCAUCUUGUGAAGGUUUCCAAUGGUAUAAGGAUACUCGGCAAGAAACUGAACCGAGUUUGGAAACUGGUCACUGUAAAGUCUUCAUGGAAUCAGAAGAUGUAGGUCGCACUCUUGACCUUUCAGUGUUUGGAUCUUACGAUGAACUGAAUAGGAAACUGGCCGACAUGUUUGGCAUAGAAAAUUCUGAGACGCUAAACCAUGUGCUCUAUCGAGAUGCUACUGGUGCAGUCAAACACAUCGGAGAUGAACCAUUCAGUUGCAGUGACUUCAUGAGAACAGCAAGGAGAUUGACGAUUCUAAUGGAUUCAGGCAGCAACAAUGUAGGAAUGUAAAGAAAGAAUAAAACCUUGAUUCAAUUGUACAGCUGGUUGAUAAAAUCCUUUGUUUCCAUGCUGACCAUUUACCCUUCCUGAAGUUCUGGGAGAAGCCGCCCUGAUUCAAUUUUUGAGCUUCCAAUCUAAAUCCUUCCGGCUUUGUAAUUUUUUUUUAAUCUUUGUCAAAGAAGGAAUGUUUACAUUUUUAGAACUUGAUAACAGUAUCAUAAUUUGAUCAGGUUUUUUUUCUUCUUCUUUUCUUUGAGGUUUCUCCCUUUUUUGUAAUUUUUUGGCAGCCAAAUCGUACAAGUAUAAGUAGUUUUGUAGGAGUUGGCAUAUGUACUUAAAACCCUUUUGAUAAUGGCUGAAGCCUUCUAAGAAGGCAGUUUUUUUUCAGUGGAACAUGCA